UCUGGUGCAUAGUCUUUCAUUUGACAUUGACAUUGGCUUUAGAUGCAAACAAGGUUGCAAAGCCCCUGCGCAAACAAGGAAUCAGCGAUUAAAUAAAGGUAGUUAGCGUUUUCAAGAGAUCACAUUUUGGAGAGGAGUGAUAUCCCCGUUUGACAGACAACAGGCAAAGAGAGAGAGAUAGAGAGAGAUGCAAUUCAGUUAACUAUGAAAUCGGACAUGAAUCAUUGACCAGCUUGUCUGGCUUUAUAGAUUAGGCAUUUGAUUAAUCAAAUAUGAUGGACAUGUACACUUAUAUAAGUUUGGUAUUGUUUUUUUUGCAGUUUGAGGCACCACAUUGCCAGAGAUGACACCAUCUGGGGAUGCCUGUGAAGGCGCCACGGGUAAACACCCUACGGACCACUUUAUUAGCAGUACUGCCCUAUCGAUGGUGCUGGUACAAGGGGCACUUGGUCGCUUUGCAUCCUAGGCUGACUUCAUAAAAGUGUGUGUGCUUGUAUGUGUGUGUGUGUGUGUGUGUGUUUGUAGCAGCAGUGGUGUUUGUGUUGCAUCGGUGAUGAUGGAGGGGGUGGUAGUUGGCUGCUCUUUUCAGUAACUGCUUGAUAAGAUGUGCCAUGGGGCAUUGUCCGGGCAGUUUCGGAUCAAUUCCUACAUCCUGUGAACUCUGCAUGCAACAACCGUGGUGGGGAACAUUCACUGCAGCCAACAUUAUGCAGAGAGAGAAGCCGUGUGUUUAUACUGGGACCUUUACCUCGAAUCCAUGGCUGUAAAAUGACAAAACGAAUUUGUUCUUUUUGGAGAACAUGCGCAUCUUUCUACACAGGAAAGGAGAGAGCACUUCCCGUUGAUAUCACGGACAUGUGGCAAUGAAAAAUGGGUGACUGGAACCUGCUGGGCAGCAUUCUCGAGGAGGUCCACAUUCACUCCACCAUCGUGGGUAAAAUCUGGCUGACCAUCCUAUUCAUCUUCCGGAUGCUGGUCCUUGGCGUGGCGGCCGAGGAUGUGUGGGUGGACGAGCAGGACCAGUUCAUCUGCAACACCGAGCAGCCUGGGUGCAAGAACGUCUGCUACGACCAGGCCUUCCCGAUAUCCCUCAUUCGCUUUUGGGUGCUUCAGAUCAUUUUUGUGUCCUCUCCUUCGCUGGUCUACAUGGGGCAUGCUCUCUACCGACUGAGGACCCUGGAGAAGGAGAGGCACCAAAGGAAAGUCCAGAUCAGGGCAGAGCUGGGAGAGACUGACACCUUGAUGGACGAUCACAAGAGGCUGGAAAGGGAACUUCGUAAGCUGGAGGAGCAAAAGAAAGUGAAGAAGGCUCCUUUGAGGGGCUCAUUACUGCGCACAUAUAUCAUUCAUAUCCUUACCAGAUCAGUGUUGGAGGUGGGCUUCAUUAUGGGGCAGUAUAUCUUAUACGGCAUCGGACUGGAUCCUUUGUAUAAGUGCGAGAGGGUGCCUUGCCCGAACAGCGUGGACUGUUAUGUCUCCAGACCCACGGAAAAGACCAUCUUCAUGGUCUUCAUGCUCAUUAUUGGUGGGGUCUCACUAUUCCUCAACCUCUUGGAGAUAUCCCACUUGGGAGUGAGGAAAAUUAAGCAGACCUUAUCUGGCCUGCAGUACAUGGAGGAUGACAGUUUUUGCAAACCCAAGCAAGCGCCAACUGUCCAGUCUUUAUGUGUGGUGGCGGAUUCUUCACCGCACAAAUCAGCACAGUUAAAAACAUUCAUUCCAACUGGGCACACGGACCCUCCCCCACUGUACUUACCCAACACGUGUCUGAAUCCCUGCAUUGAUGGGCAAAGGCACAACAGCUUUGCUGACACCACCCUCCCUGUGUCUUGCAUAACCCAGCAACCCAGGCAAAUGCGCCAACCCAGUCAAGGGAUGAUCCAUGACCUGCGCUUCCGGCUACCGAUGGAGCAGCACGUUGCCGAGGAGCCAGAGGAAGACCAGCGUCCAGAAAGCAGCAGUGGUUCAUUCAGGGACAGCAGACCUUCAAUUUCAGGUCAACAAAGUCAUGAGCGUCUUCUCAUGCCAAGACCAAGCCAUGCGGAGUUACCGCCCUGCCUGCGCAACGCCCUGCACAGGCCCAGUCACGUGCCGGACCUAAUGGACGAUGGCAUGGACUCCACAGACAGUGACUUACUUUACCCCAACCCAAGGAAGGCCAGUUUCAUGGCCCGAAUGCCCUCGGACAGCAUGUCGGACAGCCCGUCCUGCACCCCGACGAGAAGCUCAGAGUCCGAGCUGGGCUCCCUCGCUGACCUUCCGAUGAACCCACCACCAGGGGGGCGGAGGAUGUCAAUGGCAAGUAGAGCCAAAAGACACAUGGCUACUGAUCUGCUAAUUUAGAGGCGUGUGUUCUCAGCUGUUGUAAUUCAGUUCUCUGUGAGUAAUAACCGUUAGAAUAGAGAAGAUGUAGAAUAGAAUACCAUAUUAGUGUCGUCAUUUAUUGUUUUUUUAUUGUGUAGCAUUGUGUAGCAUGUCUGGGAACAGUUGGGACUAUUUACUUGAGUCAUAACCUGAGUCGUAAAUCAUAAGAUAAUCAUGUUCAGAUGGAAUAUAGUCUCCACCUUUAAUCCUACUUCAAUGCCACAACUAGAAUCAAUUUCGUCAACCCUAAUACAGAGCCCUGGGGGAUUCAGGGACUCGAUGUGCUAAACCAAAAGACUACCAAAUAAUUGCUAAUGGAUUCUUUAUUACAACUAAUGAAGUACAAACUAGUGAGAACACACACUUAGUGACCUGUUAAAGAGAUUUGGGUUGCAAGUGCUGUGGUACCCAGGAAACAAAUGCGGGUUUAAGGGCUUUGGUUAAGGGCCCAACAGUAGAAAACCUGUCAAACCAGAGUACUGAACCCACAACCUUGUAAUCAAUAACCUGGUACUCUUACCACUGAUCCACCAAUACCCCUAAAAUCAUGUCAGAAGCGGGAAUUGAAAACACAGUAUGUCUUCCGAGCAGACUGUGACCUGAAUCAAGCCACUUAGAUGGCUUGACCAAUUUGAUAGACAGUGUCAGGUUCAUUAGUAGAACUAUAAUAUGUGAUAAUCAAUGCAAAGAUCGAUGCAUUUGCUUUAUUUUUGGUUAGGCUAGUAGUUUGUGAAAUUAAAAACUGUUUUAUUACCUAAAAACUGAAUUAAUUAGAUUUUCUGUUUUUCUUCCAGAGCGUAUUCUUGGAUAUCUCUUCCAUCAUGAAGAAGUGAGGACUACGAGUACGGGAGUUGAAGACUACAGGAAUGUAACAGGCCAUGCAUUAACAGGACUAAACGGACGAAAUUAUCAACAGCGUUUAGCGUGAUUUUCCACUGCAUGGCUGAGAAACGCAGGAGAACCUUCUGCACGGACGAGGUAUAUGGAGUGCUGUUGUACACAGUUUCUUUUUUAUUAUAAGCACCUUAAAAUACCUGUAAAAUCACGAAGUGAAGAACUCCUGCCGUUGGCGCCCGCUGAAGAUGGAAGGAAGCUGCACAUCAGAAAGGCCUCGGACUGGAGCGUGUUGGGGGACUUUAAAUGUGAUGCACUGUACAUCUCAUGCCAUUACCAGCAAAAUAAAUUUUGUUUUGGUUUCCAUGUUUUUUUUUCUAUUUGUCAUUGUCUCCAGAUUUUGGGGAUAAACUGUUACAGAUGGUGAAAUGUCAAACAAAUUGCAUCAUAUAUUUUUGAUGUAGCAGAAUAUUUA